AUGGGUUUGUGUCAGAGCGAGGAGGAGAAGGUCGGCGUCUCGAAGAGCAAACAAAUCGAUAAGCUUCUCAAACAGAAUCAAUCGGCUGAUGAGAAGACUGUCAAAUUGCUCCUCCUCGGCGCGGGUGAAUGCGGAAAAUCGACGGUUCUCAAACAGAUGCGAAUAUUGCACAACAAAGGGUUUUCCGAUGAGGAGAUGCAGCAGCAGAAGAAGAUUGUCUAUAAUAACACAGUGACCGCGAUGAACGCGCUUCUCAAAGCAAUGGUUAAAUAUAAUAUCAGCUUCGCGCAUAGUGCUAGAGAGAAUGACGCCAAGGUGAUUGCUGAUAUCGUGAAACAGAGCAAGGAAUCCGAGCCAUUCACUCCAGAGCUCACAGUGGCUCUUACAAAUCUUUGGAAUGACAAGGCGGUUCGCGAGCUAUAUGAGACGAAACGGCUGGAAUUGCAUUUGCAUGAAAGCUGCCAAUUCUUUUUCGAAAGUGUUGAACGAAUCGCGAAUCCCAAUUACCGGCCGACCGAUAUGGACAUUUUGCUGACGCGCACGAAAACUACUGGCAUCAUCGAGGUCUCAUUUGUGAUCAAGAAAGUUCACUUCAGGGUUUUCGAUGUCGGCGGGCAGAGAUCGGAACGGAAAAAAUGGAUUCAUUGCUUCGAGGAUGUCAACGCCAUCAUCUUCAUCGCGGCACUUUCCGAAUACGAUGAGGUUCUUUUUGAAGAUGAGACAACGAAUCGAAUGGUUGAAUCGAUGCGAUUAUUCGAAUCGAUUUGCAAUUCGCGCUGGUUCAACAACACCUCGAUCAUUCUAUUCUUGAACAAGAAGGACUUGUUCGCUGAGAAAAUCAAACGUGUCAACAUUACUACUGCAUUUCUGGAUUAUCGAGGACCCCAAACAUACGAAGAUGCCAUUAAAUUCAUCAAACAGAAAUUCGAAAAUUUGUCGAACAACCCGAAGAAGGCGAUGUUCGUCCAUGAGACCUGCGCGACCGACACCGAUCAGGUGCAGAAGAUUCUCGACUCGGUCAUCACGAUGAUCAUUCAGCAAAAUCUCCACAAAUCUGGAUUGUACUAA